AUGAUUACAACCAUGAUAUUUACGAUUCUUGGGGAUCCCAUGGUGAUGUUAAGAAGACCUGCGAUAGCGUGUUUAACGGACAUGAACGCGCUGUUGGAUCGCUUUCACAACUAUAUCUUACCACACUUAAGAGGGGCAGACCGCGUCUGUCAUUGCAGCUGUGGAAGGCGCCAUGUGCACUAUGUUAUUCCCUAUGAUGGAGAUCAGGCUUUGGUGGACUCUUCAGAGAACUACUUUGUGAGUGGUGGUGUGACAAAGCAGGAGAUGGACCUUAUGUUGGGACUGCUGCUGGGUUUCUGCAUCAGCUGGGUUCUUCUCUGGCUGGACGGAGCACUGCAGUGUGCAGUCAGGGCCUGGAGGGCAAGUGGACACGCCGACUCCCUGUCUUGGGCGUGGCUCUGGCGGUUUUGUAACCUGCGAGAGCUCUGCAGACGUCUGCAGCUGCAACAGCUGAAGGAUUCUGUAGGGAACAUGGUGCACAGUAAGCAAAAGCUCUAUCACAAUGGGCAUCCCAGCCCACAACACCUCAGAGCUACUACCACAACCUGA